CUACUACUACUACUACUACUAUUAUUAGUUCUGGGGAUCAAAUCCAGGGCCUUGAGUAUGCUAAGAUAUGCUCUACCACUGAGAGUGGAAAAUUCCCUCCACCUGGGGAACUUUCUCUCAGUACUGCCUGGUCCUUAUGUGCAGCCUUUUGUGUGGUUCCCCCAAAUGCUGGUCAUGAUUUCACAGCCCACUAGUGGGUCACAACCCAUGUAGGUCAGCCUUGGGUUGACAGCAGUGUUUCUCAACUUUUUCCCCCCAUUACUGCUCUUUUAAGAAGACUUGAAUAUAUGUGUGUGUGUGUGUGUGUAUUUUUUCCUCCUAAUUGCUGCCCAUUGUGUUUUAUUUAUUUAUUUAUUUUUAUUGUUUUAGGCACUGAGGAUUGAGCCCAGUUCUUCACACAUGCGAGGGGAGCACUCUACCACUGAGUCACAUUCCCAGCCCCCAUCAUGAAAUUUUAACAACACAGAUGUUCUGUACAUCUGUUUAUGUAUAUCUGUGCUUCAUAUGUUAAAGAGUAAGAAUAUUUUGCCCCAAGAACCAAUUUUUAAGGGGUACUAGGGAUUGAACACAGGGGCACUUAAUCAUUGAGCCACAUCCUCAUCCCUUCUUGUUUUGAGACAGGGUCUCACUAAGUUACAUAGGGCCUUGCUAGUUGCUGAGGCUGGCCUUGAACUUGGGAUCCUCCUACCUCAGCCUCCUGAGUUGCUGGGAUUACAGGCAUGCACCAUGGUGCCUGACCCAAGAACCAGUUUGUGCCCUCUGAGGGGCAAUGUACCCCAGUUGAGAAUUCAGGAGCAACAACACUCUGACAAACAUUUUGAGUCCCCCUUACACACACUAUCCCAAUCUCCAAUGAGAUGUUUCCAUUUUUCAAAUGCAUAAGUCGAGACUCAAAAGUAUUUUUAUUCAUUAUUGAAAUGACUGAUCAUGAGAAUGGGAAUCGAAAACUUACCAAUAUCCUCGCUUAGCUUCUUAUCUUCUCCAAACCUUUGUUCCCUGAUGUGCAAAAUGAUGGAAUGGAUUCAAAGAAGUGUUUCCCGAACCUCAGUUAAUGGUUUUGUUUUGGUUUUUGUACCAUUUGACCUAAUAAUAGCAAAUAAUUAUACAACAUCGACAGAUGCCAGGCACCAAUCUAAGCCCUUUACAUAUAUUAUCUAAUAAUAAUAAUAUAUUAUCUAAUCAUAAUAACUUUAGAAAUACCUUCCCUGUACAGAUGAACAAAUUGAGGCACAGAGAGGCUAUGUGACUUGCCCAAGGUCACACAAGUAGUUAGUGGCAGAGACAGGACUUGAACCUAGUAGUCUGAAUUCUUGGGUUCCCACUUUUAACCAUGUACUCUAAAAGGAUACUUUUUUUUUAUUGGGGUGGAACCCCCCACAGGUACUUUACUACCAAGAUACACACCCACCUUUUCUUAUUUUAUUUGAGACAGGGUCUCACUAAGUUGUCCUGGCUGGCCUUGAACUUCCGAUUCUCUUCCCAGGGCUUCUCUGGGUGCUGGAGAUCACAGGGGUGCAUCACUGUCACCGGGUCUAACUAAAAGGAAAGUUUUUAAUCACAAUAAGAAAUAGAAUGCUUGUAAAUAGACAAGUAACAUAUAUACAUAUAUAAAUUGGACAGGCCAUAACCUUCUAUCCAGAAGAUGUCCCCACUGCACAUUCUGAGCUGGAGGCUGCUGUCUCUUGGUUAAAAGAAAGAGAAAAAGAUAAGCACAGAUAGAAAGGUGUUAAGAGGCCCUGGCAGCAGAAGGAGACUUUCUCCUGGAGCCAUCUUAAAAGUGUUGAAAGGGAAGUGGAUGCCGAACUGCUUGUACCACCUAAAAUAAACCAAGAUGGGAUGCACUCUGUGCACACUGCACCUUGUCGGGUGUUCUAGAAGUGUGUGGGCUCCCCUGUGAAGAAAGGGAGAUGGUACUAGCCAGUCCUGGCCUGGGAGUGCAGCCAGAAAGCUUUUGGCCACCACCGCAUGUAAAGGGGAAGUGUGGGGUGGCACUGCCAUCUCCCCUCUCCCACCGGCUCCCCACACCAGUCUCUCACCCCAUCCUGUCCUGGCAGACCUGCCACCGGUUUACCUGGGUCCCUGUUGCUUCAGGCUGCUGUGCUCACCCUCUUUACCUGGGCACAGCAGGGCCUCUGCCCUGCGGGCGCACGCUGUGAUAUCAUCACAGGCUGUGAAUAAGUAAACAAUAAGUAGUCAGAGUGGCCUGUUCCCCACCUGACACCAAGAGAAGGCCCAAUUCCCCCCACUCGUGCUCUGGGGAGAGUCUUGGCCUGGGUGCCUGGGUAUUUAUUAUUUAGUACUUUUGUUUGUACCUGUCCCAGGUGAGGUACAAUUCCAAACGAUUCCAGUCCAAAAAAAGCACAACAGAGGAGAAGGAGACACACAGCAAGGGCCCAAGUCCCCAUAUGUUGGCUGUGUGAUCUUAGCCAAGUUGCAGUGCCUUUCUGAGCCCCUGUUGUGUAUAUACACAAAGUCCCAUUGCCUGGACCUGGAUCCUGGUUCUGCCCUCUCACUAGCCAAGAGUCCUUAUAUAAGUGACUCACCUUCUUUGAGUCCCUUGGACUUCUUAUCUAUAAAUGGGGACAAUAACAGAGCUGCUACAAAGGGUUGCCCAGAUGAUUAAGUGAGAAGAUAUGCAUAAAGCAUAGUUCUUAGGUAUCCAUUGUGAUCUCCAUUAAUUGUUUUGUUGUUGUUUUGCAGUUCUAGGGAUCAAACCCAGGACCUUGCUCAUAUUAGGCAAGUACUCUACCACUGAGCUCUCUGAUAUUUUUUAAUGGUCUCUUGUUCCAUGCUAGGUACUUUACAAACCCUUUCUCUAACCAGCACAAAUUCUGCCAGCUUCUAUGGAAGUCCCCACUUUACAGGUGAGGAAGACUGAGGCUCAGUGAGGUCAGUUGAUCUGCCUGAGGUCACACAGGCACAAUGUCAGAACUAGAUUUCCAAUAGCCAGAUCUUGCUUGAUUCUAAAGUGUCUGUUUUCCCAAGUGGGCCUCAUUCUUUCCCAUUUAUAAAGUGGAAAUAAUGGCUGCUGUCACCCAGGUCUACAGGGAGGAUUAAAUAAGAUAAGGUCUGCAGAGAGGCCUCUAUUGAUGCUGGCUCAGCUCUUUGGCCCCCCAGGGUAAUUACCAAGCACAGGCCUUUCAUUUUUAUAAUCAGGAGGCUGGUGAGCCUAAUCUCUAGGAGACAAUGCUGCCUGCUAGCCAUAGGAGGGGGCUGAAGGGUUAGAUCAAAAUCAGAUCUGCGGGUGCUCUUCCCAGGCCCAGGCCCAAGUCUGACCAGGCUUCUUUCAUCUCUGGCCUUCUCUGUGGCCAGUCUCACACCUGGCCCAGGAUCAUCCAGAGCAUGUCUCCCUUCCCUAAGGGCAGCACAAAAAAACCUGUGAUACUAUCCAACAUCCCCAGUUUUAACCUUCAGGGAGAGGGACACUGAUGUUUAUCCAGCUAUUGUGAAGUCAGUUUCUCUCGCUGCCUCCCACAGAUUACCAUCUGAUGUGGGUAGAAGUGGGACUUUGGCAGAGUGGGGUGAAUACGUCACCCCUCCCACUAGCCUGCCUGGCAACAAGGCCUGGUGCACUGUCCACCUUCCUGCAUAAUGUAUGAGCCAACAGUAGGAACAGAACACCAUUAGCAGUGAGUCUGACCACUGCAGACCAUGGCUGUGUCCAGAACCCUCGCCAAAGCUGACGUGUCUGUUGGCUCCGGCUGAAGAGAGGGUGGGGAUAUGUAUCACCAGAGGCCUUUCCUGUGGCCAAGGUGGGAACUGGCCUCAUCCUGAUCCUCGGGGACUCUAUCAAGUAAGAAGACAGCCCCGAGAAGGCAAUCAGACCCUGUCUUCAAUCAACAAUGGUGACAUGGGGAGAGUCCUGUUUUCUGGGCUCAACCCCCCCAGGGGUCUAGGGUGGCAGUGGGAGUGGUUGGGAACCCCUUGGUGUGGUUGAAGGUAGGAGGGGCGAUUUGGAACCCAGGGAUGCAGUGCCUGGCAAUUUCUGUGGCUGCCUGAUGGCACAGGAAACCCCCUGGGACAGCAGCUGUGUACAUCAGGGUGAAGAGCGAAAGGGGGAAUGGUGUGGCAUUGCAGCUGGGGGGAAACACCAGGCUGCAGCAUUGCGUAGGAAGUCAGGGGUCUCCGUGGGAGGUGCGCUUGUGUGUGUGCAAUCAAAGGCCAGGAGUGAGAGGGGGAUCCUUGAGGGCCUUGCCAGCCAGGGCAGCCCUGGCCCCCGGAUGACAGCACCAACACUUCUUCCUUCAUGGACAGAGUUGGAUUCGGGUCAUUCAUAGAAUCAGUGAGUAUUAAUUACUGUGGGAUCCCCGAGGCUAGGCCAAGUGCUUGAGCUACAGAGAUGAAUCAGACCAGGCCCCAGCCCACAGUCUAACUGGGGAGCCAGACACUGAAGUGGAGAAAUCAAAUACCUCAAAGUGAUGCUUGACUAGCAGCACCUAUCUAGGGCUGUGGGAACGUCAGAGCCCAAAGCAUCCACCUCCUCCUGAGGUUGGCAGAAAGAACCCACUGAGGCACAACUGAGCACAAGCUUGAGGGAUGAGGAAGAGGUUGGUCAUGAGGAAGUGAAAGGAAAGGUGUGAUAGGCAAAGGGAACAGCGUCUGCAAAGCCGCAGAGCUGUAAGACCCUGAGCACUAACUCAGGAACCUUCAACAGAUCUUAUGAGGAGCUUUAAAAGAACGGACUGGGCAUCAAAUCUGAUUUGUUUUACACAUAUUAUCUGAUUCCCCUCCUGCAGUAGAAUGCCAGCAACGUGAAGACAGGAAAUUGGCCUCAUUGUCAGAGCUCCAGGACCCACAGUGGUGGCUUUAUCCCGGAUCUAGUAGGAAGCCUUUGGAAGAUUGAAAGCAGAAAAGUAACAAGAUCUGAUGUGUGUGGUAGGAAAUAACUUUGACAAUGAUGUGAAUGCUGAAAAAAAAAAUAGGUGUAAGAAUGGAGAAAUGAGGUCAGGUUGGUAAAAUAUUGAUAAUUCCACGCAAUUAACAAGUAGUUUUGAUUUGCACAAUAUUCCUGUGAAUCAGGUGGCUCCCCCUUUUGUAGAUGAGGAAAUAGACUCAGCAAGUCUCAUUAACUUGGGCGAAGUCACACAGCAAAUUGGUGCAGUAGCCCAGGGUUUCAGUCCUUCCUUUGCAGCACCCAGAAUCCAGGGCGGCACCUCCAACGGCCAGCGCCUGAAGGAGAUCCGACCUAGGCAGGUGACAGUUCGCUAUUCCGGUUCAGUUCCAGCGGGAAAGCCCAGAGGAUGGCGGUUCAGAACCCUUGGCCGAAAAUCAGGCGGGAAAAGCUAGGCGGGAAGAGGGUGUUUGAGUCUCGGCGGCCGCCGUAGGCGCGGCACUCUGGUACCUAUGGCAACAGCAAGAAGCAGCGCAAGGUCCCGGGCGGUGCUGGCGCCACGGCGGAUUGGACCCAGCGCUGGCGCGGAAUCUGUGAACUGCCGGCGGCUCCGAGGGUGCAGCUCCUGGAGUGACUGGCGCAGCCUGCCCCAUGGACGCCUCCUCUAGCCCAUGGGAUCCAACCCAGGCUUCUGCCAGCAGCCCUCCCCUGCUGCUGCCCAUUCCUGCCAUCGUCUUCAUUGCCGUGGGCAUCUACUUGUUGCUGCUGGGCCUAGUGCUGCUGACUAGGCACUUCCUGCUGGCCCAGGGCUGCUGCACAGACUGCAGCUCCCCCUGCAGGAAGAAAGGUGCCUUACAAGACUGUUGCUGGACCUGUGCUGAAGCCUGUGACUUCCCUCUGCCCAGCCCAGGCCGCUAUCUGGAUGCCUGCUGCCCCCAACCCAGCGAAGCUGGUUGGGCUCCUCAGUGCCCCCGCUGCUGCCCGCUCUGCGACUGUGCCUGUGCCUGCCAACUUCCAGACUGCCAGAGCCUCAACUGUCUCUGCUUUGAGAUCAAGCUCCGAUGAGGACCCAGGAUCCCUGCCCUUUGGGGAGCAGCCAGCCACCAGGGCCCACAAGCUCCCCUCCCUCAGGGCCCCCAAGACACUUUUUCUCCAGGCCAUUGGAACCACAAAUGGCUCACCACUCUGGCAACUGGAGGGCUGGGUUCCCUGCAAGGCAGGGCUCAGAGAGCCCUUGGGCAGCUGGACUGCAGCUCCUUUGGAGGGUGGGAGGGAGAGAGGCUGCCCCUCUUUCCCUCCCCAAGUAAACUAUUGUAUUUGAUUUGGGGGAUGCGGGGAGCAUUGCUCACCACAGACUGCAUGAUGGGUGGGACUCAGCUGGCCUUGAGUUUCAGGAUUUAGGGGUGCCCAACCACACCCUGUUCAUGGACUCUUGGUUAUUUUAGGAGACCUCGGGUCUAAGAUUGAUUUUCUCUUGACAACCAAGAGCUUCAGUCUAGGUCUCCAAGGAAGAAAUUUCCUCUGAAGUACCGG